CCACAUACGCAGCUCAGAAGCGCUUGAUAUCCGUGGAUACAGUUUGAUCAUCAUGCCCAAGCAAAGCUCCUACGCAAACCUAAAGGUACUGGCAGCUCCGGAUUGGCUCACCCGCGAAUACGUCCAGCAGAGGAUGCGAAACUAUCUUAAGGAGUCGAAGCUGCGGCUUCAGAAGCUGCACAUCCAGCCGGCCACGGCUAAUGGGGAGAACUAUGCAAGCGUCAUGACGAGGAUCAUCGUUGAGUACACAGACAAGGAUCUGUGCCAGCAUACAGACAACUUUAUUGUGAAGACCACAUUCGCCGACAAGGAUCCGGCUGCUCACUUGCUGGAGCAAUAUGGCGUCUAUGUCCGUGAAAUGGACAUGUACGAGGAGGAGCUGCCCAAGCUGGCCAAGAUCAUUCUGCUGGAGCUUGGGGACAGUCGGAAAAUGUUUGCUCGCACAGUGUAUGUAGAUCGAGAGCACGACUCGAUUAUGUUUGAAGACAUGUCCUUGGACAAAUACUCUGUCGCGGAUCGCUUGAAGCAAUUGGAUCUGAAUCACGUUCGGUUGGUGCUGGAAAAACUGGCGAAAUUUCAUGCAGCCGGAGCGGUGCUCAACGAGCGGCAGCCAGGGAUUUACGGCCAGAAAUACGAUCGGUGCUUCUUCAAUAAAUACACCCAAGCCUACAAGCCCAUUAUGCAGAAUAUGCUGAGAGCCCUAAUAACAUCCAUCGAGGAUGACAAGGCCCUGCAUAAGCGCUAUGCAGCUAAGCUGAACGGAGUCAUCGAUCACAUCAUGGAAUACGGCGAGCGGACGAUGGAGCUAAACAAGGGAGACUUUGCAACUCUCUGCCACGGCGAUCUAUGGACUACAAAUAUCAUGUUCAAUUACCUGAACGAUGGCACACCGGACAAUGUGAUCUUCAUAGACUUUCAGUUUAGCGUUUGGAGCUCGCCGGCUAUCGAUCUGCACUACUUCUUCUGCACCUCGGUGCAGAACGAUCUGUUUAGGUAUCAUCAGGCCGAGCUAGUCCAUUUCUACUACCAGAAUCUUGUGGAGGCACUAACUAAACUGAAAUACAAGGGUCAAGUGCCCAGCCUAUUUGAGUUUCAACAGCAAUUUCAAGCGCGUGGCUUCUAUGGUGUUUUCUGCUCAUUGGUAUUCUUGGCUGCCAUGCUGCACACUGGGCCCGAGGAAUUCUCCAUCGAAAAAGCGCUGUCUGACUCUGUGGCCGAUGCGGCUGUGCGAGUUGCUGUCUAUAAAAGCGAGCUAUACCAAAGGAAACUAAGAGAAAUCUUGCCUAUUUUAGAACACAAAGGACUGCUCGAUGAGAUGUAAAUAAAAUUGGUGUU